AUGUCCAUUUCUGGGACUCUUAGCAAUUACUAUGUCGACUCUAUUAUAAGUCAUGAAAGUGAAGACUCGCCUUCAGCUAAAUUUUCAUCUGGGCAAUAUACAAGUUCCAGGCAAGCUGGGCACAAUGAGCAUCUAGAAUUCCCCUCCUGUAGUUUUCAGCCAAAACCUCCAGUUUUCAGCGCCUCCUGGACUCCUUUGAAUCCACAUUCUUCUGGUACCCUUCCUGCCGUCUACCAUCCAUAUAUUCAACAUCAAAGCGUCCCAUCCGAUAGCAGGUACCUCCGGAGCUGGCUGGAUCCAGUACCCAGAGCAGAGAACCUCCCCGGGCAGGGGUCUGUUAAGGCAGAACCGCUGCUGGGCCGUCCCGGGGAUGUCCAUAAACAGGGAACACAGGAGUACAAUUUAGAAACUUCUGCUGCAAGGGAAGGGAUCGUUUCCAAUCAAAGGCCCAGCUUCGAGGACAAUAAAGUUUGUGAAGGAAGCGAAGACAAAGACAGGACAGAUCAAAAGUCCAGAGCGGACAAAAGCCGGAGCGAGUCAUCCUCUUUCCUACAGAGCGCUGGCUCCGGCAGCAGAGACCACUUUACCAACCCAGCUGCCAGCUGGCUUCACGCCCGUUCCUCCAGGAAAAAACGAUGCCCUUACACCAAAUACCAGACCCUGGAACUAGAGAAGGAGUUUUUAUUCAAUAUGUACCUGACGAGGGACCGUAGACACGAAGUGGCCAGACUCCUCAACCUGAGUGAGAGACAAGUCAAAAUCUGGUUUCAGAACCGAAGGAUGAAAAUGAAGAAAAUGAACAAGGAACAGGGCAAAGAAUGA